AUGCUGCCUCCCAUGACACUCCACAGCAUGUCCUGGCUGCUGCUCUCCUGCCUGCUGCUCUUACCUCAGGUGCAAGGAGAAGAUUCCCAAGGCAAAAUGCCCUCACCACGAAUCAGGUGUCCCCAGGGUUCCAAGGCCUAUGGAUCCUACUGCUAUGUGCUGUUUAGAACACCCAAAUCCUGGUUUGAUGCCAAUUUGGCCUGCCAGAAGCGGCCCUCAGGAAACCUUGUGUCAGUGCUCAGUGCAGCUGAAGGGUCCUUUGUGUCCUCGCUAAUCAAGAGCAGUUCAAACACCCACCAAUACGUCUGGAUCGGGGUCUAUGACCCUACACUGGGCUAUGAACCCAAUGGAGGCGGCUGGGAGUGGAGCACCUCUGAUAUACUGGAUUACUCUAACUGGGAGAGGAAUCCUUCUACUUCCUCAGACCGUGGUUACUGUGGAACUGUAUCACGUGCCUCAGGGUACCUAAGGUGGAGAGAUUACAACUGUGAUAUACAGUUACCUUAUGUCUGCAAGUUCAGGGGCUGA